AUGGAGAGCUAUAUGGUUAAGUCCUUUCUACUGGGAGUGUCUCUCUCCCUUCUAUAUCUCAUUGGCAAAGUCUUCAUCAAUCUCUUUCAAUCGCCCCUCCGAUCCAUUCCCGGCCCUAAGCUGUUUGCCAUCACAAAAUGGCGUCUUGCAUACGAAGACUACCGUGGCACCCGGACUCGGUAUAUGAAGACCUUGCACGAUAGAUAUGGCGAUGCCGUCCGUAUUGGGCCGAAUGAAGUCUCGUUCAACAGCCUCUCUGCGCUGCGUACGAUCUACGGUGCCGGCACUGUUUUUCAACGAGACACCUUCUAUCGCAUGUUCGAUGCAUAUGGCAAGCAGGUGAUGUUUAGUUUUGCUUCAUCCAAGGACCACCGAGCUCGGAAGAAGUUACUGAACCACGCCUACUCCAAGACGUCGGUGCUGUCGCCCAACAAUGCCUCCAUGAUUGAGGAAAAAGCCAGACAGUUCAUGGAUCUGAUCGAGAAGGAAGCCAAAGACGGCAGCCUGGAGAUUUUCGCAGCUCUACACUACUUUUCCAUUGAUGCGAUCACCAAGUUCCUCUAUGGAAAGUCGGCGGGAGCGACUACUGCCUUGACUGCAUCUCAGGAUCGAUCGUUGCUGGACGACAUCCUGGACCCUGAUCGCCGCAAGCUGUCCUGGUUCACCAUCCAUUUCCCCACGCUGACCAACUGGCUGUACUCUCGUACCGGGCUGCUCGAGUCCCUGCUCACGGACCUGGGCCUCCUGCCCAUGCGCAAACCAUCAACAUACACAGGGAUCCGCGCCCACGCUCUCGCAGCCGCCGAGCAUCUGAGCCAAUCGACUACUGAGAGCCUCGAUGUGAAUGCAUCCAUCGCGGAGCGGCUCCUCGUCGCAGGCCGCACAGCCGAUCCCAAGGGAGUCCCCAUGGACCAUCUGGACGUAGCGAGCGAAUGCGCCGACCACCUCCUCGCCGGCAUCGACACGACCAGCGACACCAGCAUGUGGGCGAUGUUCGCGCUGUCGCAGCCAGAGAACCAAAUCUUUCAAGACAAAUUGCGCGCCGAGGUGCGCUCCCUGGGCGAGGAAGUCACCACCGACCGGGUCGUGAGCGCCAUCGCAGCAGAUAAGCAGCCCUACCUCGACGCCGUGAUCAAGGAGACGCUGCGUCUCUUCGCGCCGCUACCGGGGACGGAGCCGCGCUUCGCAGACACCGACCAAAUCAUCGAUGGGUAUUCGAUUCCGAAGGGAACGGUGGUGAGUAUGAGCCCGUACACCCUCCACCGCAACGCGCGGGUAUUCCAGGAUCCGACACGGUUCAACCCGGAUCGGUGGCUGGGCGAUGCGGAGGCAGUCGCCGAGAUGAAGCGGUGGUUCUGGGCGUUUUCGAGCGGAGGACGCAUGUGUAUUGGGAUGCAUCUGGCCAUGGCGGAGAUGACGACUCUGCUGGCGAGUGUGUAUCGGACGUACAAGACAGAGAUCACGCCUGGGUUCGAGGGAGUUUCGCCAGGGGUGACGGCUCGGUAUGAGGUGUUUUCUGAUGAGCAGUUCCCGCGGAUGGAAGAGCAUGUAUGCUGGGUGAAGUUUGUCAAGGAGUAG